AUGAAUCAUGCUACAGCUCAACUUAAGUGUUUCCAAGACUUAAAUAUUUCAUAUACAGACGAAGAGUUACUUUCAAUAUUUGCACAAGGUCCAGAUGCAUUACGUAAAUUUGCUCAAAGAGCUGAAAUUGUUUCCAAACGCUUUAGUUCGGAUGAAAAAGUUUCUUUAGCUAUCUUUGUCGAAUCUGUUCAAGAAAGUUGUCCAGAAGAUUUAAUUGAAUUUAUCUCUGAGCCGGGAAAACUAGUUUUUUUAUAUGCACCUUUCGAAGCGAAGGCCCUUGGUCACCAAAUUUCUACGUUUCACAUCGAUUCAACGUAUAAACUUCUAAGGGCUAACAUUCCAUUAUAUGCACUCACAGGAAAAACAGAACAUACUAUUGUUUUUCCUUUUUUGUAUUUCUUUAUUUCUCCUGACACAAGCGAAAAUAUUCAAUAUUGUGUUUGUCGUUAUUUUCAAUAUAUUAAUAGAGAACCCGAGAUGAUAAGUAUGGACUGCGCCCCACAAAUAGCCGAGGCAAUUGAGCGA